AUUCCAAAAAGUGGAAUAUUUUUUAUUUAAGCUAAAAUCAAGUUUCAUCUAAGUAACUGUGGGUUUUUUUAAAGUUAGACAGAAUGUCCCUCUGAUAGCAUGUUUUCUUUAAUACAGCGUUUUUCCAGAUAUUGUUUAUUCUUUGAAGAUGAUAAUGCUUUGCGUGCGGGAUGAUCCGUGCUGAAGAGAUGUCUCCUCUUCUAUAAUCACCUCUGUUCAGAGUUUUCCUAUCUCAAAGGCAAGGUCAGGCAGAGCUGGAGCCAGCUCUGAUUAGCGAGACUUUUGGCUGUAGCGAAGCUCAUAAAUAACAUGAAAAUUAGACCUUGGAAAGUAAUGGAAUAUGCAUAAGAUUUCCAGGGAAAUUUACACAUGUGCAUGUAAGCGGGAGACACAUUCUGUAACAGCUCUCGUCUCGCUGUACACGACUGAUGGAGAUCACUCCCUCACCUCGCCGAGGCUUUCUAAAACCCAAAGCGAGAGCGUUGUGUGCCGGCGUUGUCGGUGUGAGGACCCCGGGACAGCCCCGGAGCUGCCCCCCCCGCGCCGGUCCAACUCCCCGCUCCCUCCCUCGGCCACGCGUGCACGGAGCCUCCGGCGCGGCGGGGCGGGGGAAAACCGAGCCCGCCCCGUCCCGCCGCGCCUGCGCGGGGCGCGCUGACCCUGGGGAGCCGCCGGGACACUCAGCCUCUGCCCCCGCCGACCCGGCCGUCUCCCAUGGCUGCGGGCAGCAGCUGCACGGCGGGGCCUCCGCUCCCCUCCCUGCCAGCAGCGCCGCGCAGCCCCCGCUGCCCAAUUCUUCCGCCUUCGCAUCCGCUCUCCCCGCUUUCGCAUCCCUCCCUCUCCCCCUCCAAGCCGUCGCGUCCCCCCACGUUGUCGCAUCCCCCCGGUCUUCCCCCCCCCCACCGUUGCCCCCACGACGUAGUCGCAUCCCCUCGUUGCCCCCACGACGUAGUCAGUCGCGUUCGCGCGUUGCUCCCGCAACACCGUCGCAUCCCCCGCGGUCGCAUCUCCUGGGCUCGCAAGCCCCAGGGUCGCAACCCCAACGGCGCAGGAUGAAGAGGAUUUUCGGAUUCGGGAAGAAGAAGGACCCGCCGCCGCCCUGCAGCAGCCCCGGCGGUGCCUACGAGCUCCGGCAGAAGGAUCUCGGCAAGCUGCACCGCGCGGCCGCCGCCGGGGACCUGGCGCAGGUGGCGAAGGCGUUGAAGAAGUCCAGCAUCGAUGCUCGCGACAAGGCAGAGCGCACAGCUUUGCAUCUCGCUUGCGCAAGUGGCCAUGUGGAUGUCAUCAGAUAUCUAGUAGAAAACAAGUGUGAGCUAAAUCUUCUUGACAGUGAUAACAGAUCACCACUGAUGAAGGCAGUACAGUGCCAGCAAGAAAAAUGCGUGGCUAUUGUGCUCAAGUGUGGUGCUGACCCGAAUCUGGCAGAUGCUGAUGGCAACACUGCCCUUCACCUUGCUGUCCUAUCUCCUAACGCAUCUGUAGCAGGGCUGUUACUGAAGCAUAAUGCCAAUAUCGAUGCCCAAAAUAAGGAGGGAAAUACACCCCUUCUUCUUGCUGUCUCUGAACAUCACGAGGAUAUAGUAAAGUUUCUCCUUAAAAAAGGAGCUGAUGUGCAUGUCCGAGAUCAGCAUGAAAGAACCGCACUUAUGAUUGCUGCUUAUGGUGGGGACCUUAAUUUGGUAAAAGUUCUUCUUCAGUAUGGUGCUGAUGUUUCCCAUAAAGACUCUAAUGGAUGGACAGCUGAGGAUUAUGCUGUUAUUCAUGGGUUUUCUAGUAUCAGUCAAGAACUGGCAGGAUGGGAAGACACAGGAGAAGCUUCAGGAGGUAGUCUGCAAAACACCACAGUAGCUGGCACUCCUUCCCUGACAGGAGCUACUAGUUUUACAUUGGGUGCACCUGCUGUGGACAGAGGAGCAAUAGAUGACUUGUCCGAAAGAGACUCAAUAAGAAGCUGUGAGAAAGAGGGGAGUGAUGACACUUGGCAAACUUCUGAGGAAGAAGAACUUGAUUUUGUCCUCAAGAAGCAGCAGAAGCUAAACUUGAAACUGUUAAUGAAUUCUUCCCAGCAGCCCAGGAAAAACAGUGAUAGUUCUAGAAGUCAAAGUCCUAAGUCACCAAAACAAAGCCUGAAACAAAGAAACCCAUUCAAACCGGUGAACCAAGGACAACGUGGAGAAUUGUUGAAUCAAGAUGUCUCGAAUGCAAGCAACAUGGAGAUAGAAGAAUUGAAGAAGGAAGGUGAUGAAAAUGACAAUGGAGGUGAGGAGGAAGAGGAAGAAGAGGAGGAGGAUGAGGAGGAUGAAGAUCUUACUCAAGAUGAAAAGGGGGAGGAAGAUCUGGAAGAUGAAGAAACUCAAUCUAAUAACAUACUGGAGGAGGAGCAGGGGGAGAAAACGGAACCUAAAAGAGAAAUUAAUCAGAAAUUGGGGUAUUUUAGUAAUGCUAAGUAUGAAGGGGAAGCUUGGUGUGGAACUGGAGAUGUCUAUGAUGAUGGUGAUGAUGGUGAUGAUGAUGAUGGUGGUGAUGAUGAUGGUGAUGAUGAUGAUGGUAAUGAUGAUGAUAAAAUAAGUCAAGAACUUGAUGAAAAGGUGGAGGAAUCUGUUGAUACUCCUGUGUCUUUUAUAGCUGGGUGUUAUGAGGGACUGCAAGAAAAUACAUCUUCCAUGUCUCCAAAAAGAAUGAAUAAUGAAUUAUCUUGCAAGUCAGUACCAAAACAAGCUGUUUUUCAAAAUCUAAAUAAUUUGCAAGAUACACAAGAAAACUGGAACAGGAAAAGUAUGAUGCAGGAGAAGUUUCACAGAAAUGCUGACUCUUGUUUUGCAGACUUUAAAAUGACAGACUGGAAAAAAGAGAUACCUCAGCUUCUCUCAGAAACUUAUGGUCUUGAGAAAAAGUCAAGCUUUGAUAAUAGCUUUGAAAUUAAUAAUUCUCGGUCAGCAGCAAAAAACCCAAGGUUUGAAAGUCAAAGACUGAACUCUGACAUUCUUGAACAUGUAGGUGAUGAAGAUACCGAAGAAAAACAAUGUGAAGGAGUAGAUGAUAAAGUCUGUGAAAUAUUGAAACGAGAAAGUGAAGACUUGUUCUUAAAUAGGCAUGAAGAAAAUUUAAGAGCAGCGUUUCACUCAAGUGCCAAAGAAGAAGAGAAAGAGGAGCAGGAAAAGGAUGACACUGGUGAAGUGCUGCAAGCUGCUAUUGUGGAGGAUGUGAAAAAUUCUCUCUGUAAUGAUAGCCAUCAAGUUCACAAUGCUUCAAAACACAAUGCUGAUGCCCUGCCUGCAGUAGCAGUAGAGGAAGAGAAAGAGAAAGAGGAAGGGGAAGAUGAUGACUUUCCCUGGGAUUCUGAGAGUCAGAUUAUACCAUCAGCAGCUGGAGGUCUGAGAGAAAUAUCGCCUGGCGUGUUUGUCCCAGUUAUAGACAGAUACGGAGUAUACUCAGCGAUUAUUCCCAAGGAACACAGCAAUGGUGGAAAAGGAUCUACCUUUCCUAUGUCACCAUCAACUGAACAAGAAGACAAUGAGAAUGUUAUUGAAAACUGUGAGGUCCAAGAUAAACGUAUUAUAGAAACUACCAACUUGAUAGAAAACACAGCACAUGAAAAUCAGGCUGACAAAGCAGAAAUUUCACAUCAGGAAGCCAUAGCAGAAAAUGGGAACUCACUCAAUGCUGACAAACGGUUAAGUCCAAAACCGUGGGAAGAAAGAUAUGAAAGAAUAUGGGUUGCAAAUGAGAAAAGAGAAUUGAAAGCAAAUUUUAAAAACAUUACAGCAGAGCUGAAGCAGCUGUUUGGUGAAAUUAAUGAAACUGGGAAAACUCCUUCCCUUGUGGAAGAACUGUCAGAACAUGGCUUCAGUGAAGAAUUGAAGUGUUCUUAUGUUGUUUCAUCUCGUGUGAUGGAAUCAAGUAAUAAGUUAGAAAAUAAAGGUGAAUUUGGUGAUGCUAAACUUACGCUAGGUGGAAAAGUACCCAAAACGGAAAUUGUAAUUCCGAGUCCUGGUGUCCUUCCCGAUCAAAAGAACUUAAAUGCAAACAUGGACGAUAACUGGAGUACAGAUGAAGAAGACAACAGAAAUGAUACAGAUAAUUCAAAGGUCCCUCUACCAAAAGGAGAGGAAAACAAAAUGCCUGCUAUGGCAAUGGAAGAGAAAGAAAAUGGAAGUAGUAGAAAUGUGGAGGAAAAUCCUGAAUACUCUCUGAGACAUAGCUUAAAAACAACUAUUUUGGAUGUUUCUAAUAGUCUUCCUAAAAUAAAACCUUUUUAUACAAGUGAUGAAAAAGCCCUUUUUAUAACAGAAAGAAAACUUGGAAAAGACUCUGGAUUUAAUGAUGAUGUUCCCAGGGACUUUCUUAACCACAGUAAUAAUGUAGGAGAAACAGAAGUUGAAAAUCCUUUUGCAAAUGCUCAGCAGUCAUGUAGCAGGCCGAAAGGAAAUCUUGAUGAAGAACUAAAACAAGAUCUGGAAAGAUUUAAGAGUAAGGUAGGGAUGCUGCAAAUAGCAUUCCGGACUUUGGAGACAGAGAAGGCACAGCUCCAAAAAGAGGUUGGGAAGGAAAAAAGUUUCAAAACAGAGGCGGUGACAAAACAGGAAGAUGUUGAUAAAUUAAUUACACCACCAGGCAACAUUCCUAAUAAGCAAAUGAAGCAAGAGCUUACUCUAAGGAAUAAUGAUGGUUCGGAAACGGAGAAUGAAAAUGUUGUAGAGGAAAAAGACAAAAAGAAUUUUUCUUCUGAGGAGAAACCAGGAUUGAUUAAAAUGUCAACGAAAAGUAAUUUUGACCUGAAUACCAAAGUGGCAAAGACAAAUAAAAGAUGGACUUCAAAGCAGAAGGCUAAUCAGCAGAAGAGCUCUUCCAGUAGGAGUCAAGUACUGGAUGAUAGCACUUUCAGUGAAACAUCCCAAGAUGAAGCAAGACCUGCAGCAAAAACAAGAAGUAAAAAGGAAAAGGUUAACGUAUGGAUGGAUGUAACUGAUGACCUUAGUUUAACUCACUCGUCUGGCACUUCAGAGGAAUUACUAACUGCAAACUACACAAAAGCUAUGCUGCUGUUAGAACAGCUUAGUGUGAAUCCUGAAGAUUCUGCUAUUUUUUUUGAAAUUCAAGACAUACUUCUUGAAUAUGAACAGAUGAUAAAACGUGGGAAAAAAUCACAUACAACUCUCUACGGAGAAGAAGGGAAAUUGCAAAGCGAAAAGGAGGAGUCACAAUUGAUGGUGGAAGAUGCUCAAGAUAUGAAAUCCAUAUUGGCUCAAAGUGAUAUCCAAAGCCUUACAUGUACUUUGAAACAAGAAGAGGAAAAGAGACUCAGAGUAGAAAUGCUGUAUGAGAAAACAAGAAAAGAUCUCAGAAGGAAAGAAGAUCAGUAUUGUAAAGCGGUGGAGAAGAAACGGCAACUUGAGUUACACUCAAAGAAUUUAGAAAUGGAGUUAGUAACACUGAAAAAGCUCUUGAAACAGGCUGAAGAAGAGCGUGAUAUAAUGCAGAGGCAGCUCUCUCAGGAACAGAGUGCCAGAACCCCACAAGAAGAAAUUUGGAAAAACAAUCUUGGGAGAGAAAAGGACUCAGAAGAAGAGACAAGAAGAACUAUAGGAAAAGAUUCAGAGGAAUUCGAAACUGAGAGAGAGAAGUAUCUGUUGUGCAAAAAUCAAUUGCUACAAGAUGAGAUUGCUAUGCUAAGACUCGAACUUGAUCAAGUAAGAGCGAGGCACCAGGAGGAAGAGUGGAAAUAUCUAGAGGAAAAUGAGACCUUGAAAGAAAAAAAUGAAGAUCUCAAAAAGGAACUUAAACUGAAUGAGGAAGCCUUAACACAAGCAGUUUUGCAGUACACUGGACAGCUGAACAUAUUAAAGGCAGAAUCUGCAGUACUAACUUCCAAACUUGAGCAGGCAAAAGAAGGCAGAGACAGACUAGAGGCAGAAACUGAAUCAUUUCGUUCACGCCUGGGCACUGCUGUUCAAGAACUGGAACGUCAUCAGUCAUCAAAAAGUGAUCUCGAACGGACACUUCAGAGAGAACGUGAUGAAUGGCUUCGCUCGCAAGACAAGCUCCAUUAUGACCUCUCUAAUGUGCGAGAAACCAACAAGACCUUGUCUGAGCAGCUGACUAAAGCUGAAAGCAAGUCUAAUAGUCUAGAAAAUGAACUUCACCAGUUGAAACAAACGCUCAGCGAAAAAACAUUGCUUUUAGAAAUGACACAGAAAAAAUUAACUCAAGCCCAGUGUCAGGCAAAGGAAAGCGAUCACGCUCGACAACUUGAGAAAGAUCAAGUAAGCAAAUUUCAAAUAAAGCAGGAAUCCAUGCAGGAGCGAUUGGCCCAGCUUCAGAGUGAAAACCUUUUACUCCGUCAGCAACUGGAAGAUAUGCAUAACGAGGGGAUCAGCAAAGAAAAAGCAGUGAAUGAUGUGCAGGACUGGUUUAAUGAUCUUUUCGACAAACUCAGAGCUGAUACUGAAAAGCAAGUUCACCUAGUGGAAGAGAGAAACAAGGAAUUAAAUAUGAGGUGUUCUGAUUUAAGAGAAGAAGUCCGUAAACAUGAGUCUGACAAAGAAGAAAGAGAGGGUGUGAUCAGACAGCUGCAGCAGGAGCUUGCCGAUGCUCUUAAGAAGCAAUCUAUGUCAGAAGCUUCACUUGAAGUUUUUACAUGCAUCCGCAGUGAGCUGGAGGAAGACAAGGUGAACUUGCAAAAGGAAUUGGAAAAGCUUAAAACGAAGUGCGAGAGUGAAGGAAAGAAAGCGAAGAAGCUGGUAGAGUUGAAACAUCCAGUUGAAGUGCAUCUAGAGCAAGAAGUGGAAAGAAAUACUGAACUGCAGAAAGACUGUAAGAGGUUAAAGCAGCUUCUCAGCAGAUCUGUGAAGAAACUAAGGAUGCAUGAGCAGAGAGAGUUUAAUUUGCAGGAAGAAAUGAAGAGCAAGUAUUCUGAUAUGGUCAAUGAUGCUGAUAGAUUGAGAACAAAGGUUGGUGAACUUUCACAGCAGCUGGAGAGAGAAUCUAAAAGAUGCAUGCAGCUAGAAGCACAAAAUCAGCAUUUGCAAGAAGAGUUGUCCACCAUGCGUAAGAGCCAUGAAAAACUGGAGAAGAGCAAACACCAGCUGAAAGAAGAGGUGGCUAACCUCAAAUAUCAUUUGGAGACUAAGAUGGUAGAUCACAGCCAGAUAGAAAAAUAUAAAAAAGAGGUGGAAGAACAAGCUAGGCAAGAAAUAAUACACAAAUUAAAACAAGUCAAUAUAUUUUUGCAGACACAGGCAGUCUGCCAGGACAGAGUAGAACAAAUCAGAGCCAGUCAUCAUGCUUCACUGACAAACCAGCUAAAACAGAGAAUUAGAGAUCUUGAAUGUGAAUGGGACAGGUUAAAAAAGACCCAACAAGACAAUAUUUUAAUAAAAGAAUCCACAGCGACAGAGGUGGAAAGGUACAAACAGCUGUAUCUGGAAGAAGAAAAAAAUAGAAGAAACCUAGCAAAUAAACUGGAAAGAACUAAGGAGAGACUAGAAGAAGCCAAGGCUAUGCUCCUUGAGGAGCGCCAAAGGAACAGAUCUUUAAUUGUAAAUGGCAUGGUCGGUGGUGGUCUGGCUGCAAGUCCGGUUCUGCAUUCAACUGAACUUGGACAUCUUGGCAACAGUUUGGGACUGAACAGAAGCCUGAAUCUAGGAGGAAGCUUCCUAAACUCGAUUGGGAACGCAUUAUCACCAAAAAGCAAGGUUGAAGCCUUUGUGGCUAAGGUACGGCAGGAACUGGAUGAAAAAAUCACUAAAGAACUUGAACAGGCCACUACUGGACUUGAAACUGAAUCUGCAAGAAUUUCAACCGUGGUACCUUCUAGUGGAUCUUCAAAAAAUUCCGUUGGUGACCAGGAUCCAGUUAGCAGGGCAGGUCAGGAAUACCAGGAUGUUUUAACCAAAAACUACCUGCUUUGAACAAAAGGCUAGGGAAAGGCUCUGUAGUAGUCCUAUUAGUAGUGCUAUCAUAGUAGUGAGUAUCUGUAGUAGUGCUAUCAUAGCACUAGUAUAUCCACCCAGUGAGUCUUGACUUCUGAAAUAUCCAGACAUUAGCACCAGGGUAGCCUGGCAAU